AUGGCCGAGGAAUCCCACCGCCGAUAUGCCGAGAUCUUCCGCGACGUCGAGCACAUGAUCGACGACCACAUCACCCGUCAGGAGGAGGCGAAUGACCUGCCCUCCAAGCUCAAGAUGCUCGUCCCCAGCGCGGGUCCCUUCUUUACCCGCCUGCCCCUCGAAGCCGCCUUCAACCACAUGGACGAGCGCCGCCUCAUCUCCUCGCGCCGCUACGUCUCCCCAUCCUUCAACGAUGUCCGCCUCAUUCUCAACGCCGCCCAGAUUAUGGCCGUCACCGCCGCCCCCGAGUCCCCGCUGCAGCUCGCCACGUUCGACGGAGACGUCACCCUCUACGACGACGGCGAGAGCCUGGAACCCUCAAGCCCGUUGAUCCCGCGCCUCCUGGACCUCCUCCGCAAGGACGUCAAGAUCGGCAUCGUCACGGCGGCGGGCUACACGACGGCAGACCGCUACUACGACCGCCUCCACGGCCUCCUCGACGCCAUCGCCGCGUCCAAGGACCUGACGCCGGUCCAGAAGGAGUCCAUCGUGAUCAUGGGCGGCGAAGCCAACUACCUCUUCGAGUACGACCCAUCGUCCCCGCACCUGCUGAGCCCGGUCCCGCGCGAUCGCUGGCUCACGCCCGAGAUGGCCGCCUGGUCCGACGACGACAUCGACGCGCUCAUCGACGUCGCCGAGGCCGCCCUGCUCGACUGCGUCAAAACGCUCAAGCUCCCCGCCACGCUGCUCCGCAAGGACCGCGCCGUCGGCAUCAUCCCCACCGACCCCUCGAUCCGCAUCCCCCGCGAGUCGCUCGAGGAGACGGUCCUCGUCGUCCAGAAGACCCUCGAGCUCUCGGCGCUGGGGUCCCCCGCCCAGACGGCCGGGUGCAGCGUCCCCGUCUCCGCCGGGGCCGGCCCGCCCACACCCUCGCCCACACCCACGCCCCCGGUGGCCCUCUCCGGUCAUCGCCGCCGCGUCCCCUUCUGCGCCUUCAACGGCGGCCGCGACGUCUUCGUCGACAUCGGCGACAAGUCGUGGGGCGUGACCGUCUGCCAGCGGUGGUUCGCCGCCAAGGCCGGCCGGCCGGAGCAGCCCAUCGCCGGCGAGAGCACGCUACACAUCGGCGACCAGUUCCUCAGCGCCGGGAGCAACGACUUCAAGGCCCGCUCGGUGGGCACCACGGCGUGGAUCGCGAGCCCGGCGGAGACGACCGAGCUGCUGGACGACUUGCUCACGAGGGUGUAA